AUGUUGAAUGAUUAUAUAUAUUAUUUUAUUCUCAUAUUAAUAGAAAGAGGAGUCUUGUCGCACUACUGUACCUGAAAAUGUAUUUCAUCGCGUACAUUGACAGUUUCGUACCUGUGUAAUCUCGUACUUUCGAUUCGGCAAAGUGGUUGGAUACUGUAAAACAAAUCCAAAAAAUAUUUGUUUACCCUAUUGAGAUAAUAUGAAAAAGGCAAAGCCUCAAAGCGAGCUCGAUUUCCUUUUACCGUGAAAUUAGUCCUUCAUUGAAAGACAUCGCAUUUUCUUUUUUUACAUUUUGACGUUUAUUGGAAAAAUUUAAAUGCGAAGUCUUUCCAUAACUGGCUAAUUUCCCAUAGCACAAAUCGACACGCUUCUCCAGUCGAUUUGAAUUUACCGGUAAAUCACAACUUAAAUGCUUUUUAUCACAAAAAGCAAUUGAUUGCAUAAAAGACGGAAGCAUAUUUUCCCAAAAACUGUAAAAAUAUGCAAUAAUUACUCACGAUAAGUAGUUUAUUUAUCAAUAUAUUUAAGAAGACACAUGAAAGACAUUUUGUGGUGACCCCCAUAUUGGAAAUUCCCGGUCAUGCUGUGAUGUCACUCAAAAAACAAUAGUACGAAAUUAGUCUGAACAUAUUCACUUUUUCUGUGCUGACAGGUGGGCGCAGUAAAAAUUUCAUCUAAAAAAUAAGUUCCAGUAAUCACCGCAUUGCGUAGUACACACCAAUGUGGAGGCUGUUUACGCGAUUUUUACAAGGGAUUUGUUUUAAAUUGUUUAAAAUUUGAAUAAGUUGAUUUUGAGAAGGAAAAUACACAUUUGUGAUGCAAACAUGGGAAUUGAUGACUGUUGGUUUGUUGAUACACACUGUUUUCUUCUACUCAAUAUUUGACAUUUACUUCACAUCCCCAAUUGUACAUGGCAUGACCCCACAUUCGUCCCCUACCACUCCACCAGCUAAACGACUUGUACUCUUCUCAACAGAUGGACUGAGGGCUGACAAAAUGUUUGAAUUGGAUGAAAACGGCGAAACUCGAACACCUUUCCUAAGGAGUGUGAUUGAGGAGACAGGGGCUUGGGGUGUUUCACAUACUCGGGUGCCAACAGAAUCUAGGCCAGGCCAUGUGGCCCUUAUUGCAGGAUUUUAUGAAGAUGUUAGUGCUGUUGCUAAAGGCUGGAAGGAAAACCCUGUAGAAUUUGACUCUGUAUUUAAUGAGACAACAAACACAUGGUCAUGGGGAAGUCCAGAUAUACUUCCAAUGUUUGCUAAAGGGGCUAGUGGGGGCCAUGUGUUCACAAAGUGCUACCCAGCAGAAUUUGAAGAUUUUAGCGGAUCUUACCAUACAAAACUGGAUACCUGGGUAUUUGAAGAGGUUAAGCAAUUCUUUAAAGACAGUGGUUCCGAUGAUGAAUUGAGGAAAAAAUUACAGCAGGAUAAGAUUGUGUUUUUCCUUCAUCUGCUGGGUAUAGACACCAGCGGUCACUCCAGCAAACCCUACUCAAGAGCUUAUUUGGACAAUAUUCGUUUGGUGGAUGCUGGUAUUAAAGAAGUGGUGGAAGUGAUUGAAAAGUUUUAUAACAACGAUGGUCACACAGCCUACAUUAUGUCAUCUGAUCAUGGAAUGACUGAUUGGGGUUCGCAUGGAGCAGGUCAUCCAAGCGAGACCUUGACCCCUCUUGUGGCCUGGGGAGCCGGGAUCAGGAAAGCUGUUCGUGACACUUCAUCUAACAAGUUUAAAGAUGAUUUCUCGAGAGAAUGGAAACUUGACCACUUAAAGAGGACUGAUGUUGAACAGGCAGAUAUAGCCCCCUUGAUGGCAGCAUUAAUUGGGAUAAACUACCCUAUGAACUCUGUGGGAAUUUUGCCUCAUGACUUCCUUGAUAUACCAGAGGGUGACCUUGCUGAAGCAAUAUAUGCUAAUGUUAGACAGUUACUGGAACAGUAUCAGGUGAAAAUGGAACUGAAGAAGUCUACAACACUUUCAGUAGCAUUUAGGCCUUUUAGUGAUUUGACCCCUACGAAGUUGGCAGAAACACAUAGACAUAUAAGACAGUUGAUACAAAAUGGACACUUUAGAGAUGCUAUCAAUGAAUGUAAAAGAGUAAUGGAGAUAGCUUUGAAAGGCAUGAGUUACUUCCAGACCUAUGAUAGAUUCUUCCUAGGAGCAAGUAUAUUUAGUGGAUUUCUGGGUUGGAUGAUGUAUGUGUUAACAUUGGUAUUUGAGAAACAUAGUGGUGUAGUGAGACCUCGACUUAAGCUGGAGAAACAGAUGCAGCCCACCUGGAGGUCAGACACAACCAUUUAUGUUACAUUUGGAUGUCUCGGUCUUCUUAUCACCAUACUCUUGUUUGUGCAGUCAUUGCCAUGGACUAACUACCUAUACUGUCUCAUUCCUGUUGUACUGUGGAUGCUGGUGGCUCUAAGAUGUGAUAUUUUGAUACAAGUGUAUGGAUAUAUGAGAACGAUGAAGAACAGGACAGACUUUAUUGUGGCAGUACUUGCUUCACUAGUUGGCCUUGAGAUACUAGUUGUAGGAUUUUUCUAUAGAGAGAUGUUAACAGUUGGACUUCUACUCAUUGCAAUGUUACCAUGGGUGUCUGGAAAUUCACUUAGAUCUAAGAGACAACUUUGUCAGUGGUCGUUAUCGUGCCUGGUGUUAUCAUUGUUUCCACUAUUGCCAGUGGUCACUGGAAAAAGACAUCUUUUAUAUGUAAAAGUUGGAGGGGCUUCAGUAUUGCUUGUGUCACUGUAUCAUUAUUUUAUAAAGUCAAAGAAUUCUACAUAUUUUACUUUCACAGAUAAGAUUUUAUAUUGUUUUCAAAUUGUUUGUGUUUCCAUAGCAACAUAUUUCUCAGGUUUCAUUGUUUCAUCUGGAAUGUCAGAAUUACAGCAUGCAAUAAGCUGGUUCAUUUUAGGUUGCUGUAUGGUGCAGCCAUUAUUCAGCUCUACGCAGAUUUCAACACGUCUUCAUGCAGUUUACCUUGCAUUUGCUGCCCCAUUUAUAUUGCUGAGCGUCUCAUAUGAGAUUUUGUUUUUUCUUGCUUUAAGUAUAUUACUAUACCAAUGGUUACAGAUGGAAUGUUCCCAGUUACCAAAGUCGUCAAAUAGUUCUAUGAUAGAAAUAGGCCGCAACUUGCUAGAUAUAUUUGACUUUUGUAAGCAGAAUCAGUAUUCAACAUUGACAUCUCGUAAUUAUCUGGUAAUCGGAGAUAUUCAGAGAGCUUUCUACUUCGUGUUCAUCAUUCUUACAGGAUUCUUUGGGACAGGCAACAUUGCCAGUAUUAAUAGUUUUGAUCCAUCAUCAGUAUUAUGUUUUGUGUCAGUAUUUUCACCAUUUGUGAUGGGUGCUCUCCUUCUCUUUAAAGUUGUGGUACCAUUUGUGCUUGUAACAUGUACACUUCAAGCAGUCCAUACAAUAACACAAGUACCUUUUCAAGGUCUUCUCAUGAUAAUACUGCUAAUGUCGGACUGUAUGGCUGUGCAUUUCUUCUUCUUGGUGCAGGAUUAUGGAAGUUGGUUGGACAUAGGUACAAGUAUCAGUCACUAUAUUAUAGUAAUGUGUAUGAUCAUUUUCACGAAGCUGCUAUACGGAGUGUCUCACCUACUUACAUGUUGUCAGGUGACAAGGUCAACAUCCAGCAAAAAAGAAUAACGCAAUGAUACUUUUGUAUUGUUUGUACAUGUACUCAAUCAAAUUUUCAUAUUUUCAUCUUUACGGAAUCUUUACAAUUGUGAUUUUAAUCCAUUAAUGUUGGAAUUAUUUAGAUUUCAUAUGAUGAUGUACAUUUUGAUUUUGAGGUAUUUUGAAAUUGUGAUUAUUUAACUUGAUUUUAUAUUUUGUAAUAAUUUAAUUUAGUUGAAAAAGAUAAGUUGGUAGCAUUUAUUAAAGAU